AUGCUCCAUAAAUUGUACUAUAAUGUGUUAAUAUUGUUGUUACUAUGCUUAGAAGUGCACUGUCAGUACGAUGAGAAGAUAGCAAAGAAUGUUUUCUUUCCAUUGGCUGCUUCUGCUUAUUCUGACAAGCCAGAAGACUGUUUACAACACGUCUUAAAGGAUACUGAAGUCUUGGCCAAGUAUUUCACUGCAUGUAGUCCAAAGAAGAAGGACCUUUGCGCUGGAUUCAUAGCUGUUGAUCACCAGAAUAAGGCGAUGAUGAUAUCUUUUAGGUAGAUUAAAGUCAUUUUGUAUUUUUAUAAUUAGGUUGUUCAAUUAAUUCUGUGCCUCUUCUCAAAGGAAUUUGCUGGGUUUAGGAGCAUAAAAUUACUUGAACAACCUAAUAUAUUUAAAUAGAUUAAUGAAUAACAAUGAUUUUCAUGGUUUAGAGGAUCAACAACCACCGAACAAGUGAUACGGGAGAUAGUCGACGCUGUCCUUGUACCAAAUGUAAAGGUUUUUGAUGACGCUUCGGUAGGAUACUACUUUUACCAUGCCUUUUACAUUAUGUGGAAGAGUGGAAUGCAAAAAGAUUUUGCAAAAUAUCGAAAAACUUAUGAUAACUACGAGAUUUGGGUAAGAUAUAAAGUCUUUAUCAGGUUAAAGACAAUUGUAGCGUAAAACCUAAUUCUUAUAUAGUGUAAAUGUUAUAAAUUUGUUUUUAGAUAUCAGGCCACAGCCUUGGCGCAGCUAUGGCAACAAUAUGUGCGGUCCAAAUCAGCCGUAUCUAUCCCACUCUAGCUCCAAAUAUAUCAUUAUACACAUUUGGUGAACCUCGGGUAGGAGACAGAAGCUUUGCCACCUACAUCGAGAAUACGAUACCGAACGUUUACAGAGUAAUUCAUGACAAAGAUAUUGUUACCAACAUUCCCUUGAUUCUGGCGGAUAAGUUUUGGCAUCACACGCCAGCCGUCUUCUACAAAGGUGAUAUGGAUAUUGGCAGUAAAUUUGUGAUAUGUAAAAAGAAUGACAUCGAAUGUACGUUGAGGUAUGGUCCCUUACAGGACUCAAUAGACGAUCAUUUGAACUACUACAACAUGAGGUUGUCUGAUUAUGGAGAGAACGGAUGUCGACCGGUCGAUACACGUUCUUAUGUGUACGGAGAUGACAUUUGA